AUGCCUCGGGGUCAGAAAAAUACGCUCCGCGCCCGUCAGAAACGCCACCAGGCCCGUGGUGAGACCCAGGGUUUGAGGGGUGCUCAGGCCACUGCAACCAAGGGGGAAGCGUUCUCCUCUUCACCCCCUCCUUUUGGAGCUACUACUCAGAGAAAGCGUGGUGCUGGGUCACGUGGUGCUCCCAAGAGGCCUCAGAGAGCUCUGCCCACCACCACUGUGUCUGCAGGUGUGUCUCGCACAAGAUCAUGCAAAGGAGCCAACAGCAAAAUUGAGAAAAAGCAAAGUGCCUCUCAGGCCCUGCUUUCUGCUGUGCGGUCUCAGAGAGACCCUCUAAGCAAUGCAGCGUGCAUGUUGGUGCAGUUCCUGUUGCACAGGUAUAAAGUGAAAAAGCCCAUUGUGAAAGCAGAUAUGCUGAAGAUCAUCAGUAAGAAGUACCAAAAUCGAUUCCUUGAGAUCCUCAAAAGAGCCUCUUUCAGCCUGGAGGUGGUAUUUGGUGUUGAUUUAAAGAAAGUCAACCUUCCCAAGCAUUCUUACAUCCUUGUCAGCAAGAUGGACCUCCCUCACAAUGGGACGGUCAGCCCAGGCAAGGGGUUUCCCAAGAGCGGCCUCCUGCUGAAUCUCCUGGGCGUGAUCUUCAUGAAGGGCAACUGCGCCACCGAGGAGGAGGUCUGGAAGUUCCUGAAUAAGAUGAGAGUCUACGCUGGGAAGAGACACUUCAUAUUCGGGGAGCCCAAGAAGCUCAUCACGGAAGAUUUGGUGAAGCUUAAGUAUCUGGAGUACCGGCAAGUGCCCAACAGUGAUCCAGCUCGCUAUGAGUUCCUGUGGGGUCCAAGAGCCCAUGCCGAAACCAGCAAGAUGAGAGUCCUGGAGUUUCUGGCCAAGAUUAAUCAUACCAUCCCCAGUGCCUUCCAGUCUUGGUAUGAAGAGGCUUUGAAAGAUGAAGAGGAGAGAGUCCAAGCCACAGUUACACUAAAGGCUGACACCAGUGCCGUGGCCAGUGGAAGUUCCAGUGUUAUGUCCAGCAGCAACUCCCACCCCUAGUGAAGUUGAGGCAGAUUCUGCACUUUGUAGUUGAAGAGAGCAGUUAAUGUUCCAAGUAGUGGAGGGCUGUGUGUGACUGAGGGAACACAGUGUAUAAUCCCUUUGUCUUCCUCUUCUGUAUGGGGAAUUGGGAGAGAUUUGUGUUUUGUUUUGUUUUGUUUUGUUUUUUUGCUCUUUGUCAAAUGUUACUCCUAGAUGAAGAUUUAGCUAGCAUCAUCAUCCAAGUUUCUGAGUUAUAUCCAUCACACAUACUGUUGUUUUUCAGGCCUCAGAGUAAGAAUUUUGCUGUUUUGUAAAAGAAAUUGAGAUAACUUCCAUCUUACUUAGUAAUCUGGUGCAAGAUAACAUGACAUUGCAAUGUGCAUUUCCUUGAAAAUGUGAAAAAAAUGUAGCAGUAAAAUAUGUGGCAUCGAGAAAUAUAGAAAAAGUAAUAUGCUCACUAUUUGGCUUCCUAAUCCCUUUCAUUUUGUGUUUUAAAAAAUUAUAAAUAAAAGUAUGUGCUUGGCUAAUUCUAA